CACCCCACUCCUCUACCCUCCUUCCUGCGGUCAUCUCCAUCCACUCACACUUGUUUCUUCAGCCAGUAUGGACGUCUUCUCACCAUCCCAGGUCUUCUACGACGGAGCUUCAUCUCCAGACAGCCUGGAAUUUGGCCCCGGCAUGGAGCUUGAUGGCUCUGAGGAGGAUGAGCAUGUUAGGAUCCCUGGGGCACCUCACCAGCCGGGACACUGCCUGCAGUGGGCCUGCAAGGCCUGCAAGCGCAAGUCUAACUUUGUGGAUCGCAGACGUGCCGCCACCAUGCGAGAGCGCCGGCGGCUGAAGAAAGUCAACCACGCUUUCGAGGCUUUGAGACGCUGCACCUCGGCCAACCCCAGCCAGCGCCUCCCCAAGGUGGAGAUCCUGCGCAACGCCAUCCACUACAUCGAGAGCCUACAGGAGCUGCUACACGAACAGGUGGAAAACUACUACGGCCUACCUGGAGGGAGCAGCUCUGAACCCGGGAGCCCGCUGUCCAGCUGCUCUGAUGGCAUGGCUGACAGCAACAGUCCAGUGUGGCAGCAUCUGAAUGCAAACUACAGCAACAGCUAUUCGUAUGCAAAGAACGAUUGCCUAGGUGAUAAAUCAGCCGGUGCCUCCAGUCUGGCGUGUCUCUCCAGCAUCGUGGACCGCCUGUCCUCGGUUGGGUCCGGCUGUGGCCCUGCGGCGCAGAGAGACGUGGCCACCUUCUCACCCGGCAGCUCCGACUCGCAGCCUUGCACGCCAGAGAGCCCAGGUACCAGGCCCGUGUACCACGUCCUCUGAGGAAAACUCUGACGUGGAUAUAUUGCCACAGGCUUUCCCCAAACACCAGCUGCAUUUGUAACGAGGGAUAAGAACUGUUGUUUGGUGCAAGGACACUCAGCUGAACCUGAGGACCGGCGGCAACCACUUUUUAUUGUGUACAUGAGAUUGUAAAUAUAUAUUGUAAAUGCCCAUUUAAUCUAUACAUGCUAUUAUACCCAGUGACACAUAUUUAAUUAUGACAGUUAAUGUAAUGUUGUAUUAUACAUGAAG